CCGGAAGCGAGGAACUAUUUAUUUCCGGUUUCUUUGUAUUGACCCCGGCGUGAGGGGAGUUGCUGCUGCUGUUGUUGCACAUGAAAGGAUACGUUUUAAAAAUAGUUUAAUUAAACAGGUGAAAGGGACCACCUGCUUAUGCGCAGUCACUGAUGGGCGGCUGGUCUCGGGGGGCGGUGCUGGAGCUGUACAGAGCGCUGCUCCGCGCAGGGCGCCACCUGCAGUACACUGACCGGAAUUACUACCGGCGCGCCGUGGCACGGGAGUUUCGCCGCUGCCAGGCCCUGACCACCCUUCAGGAAAAGGAGGACGCGCUCAGGAGGGGCCAGUUCUUCCUCAACAGCCGGCUAGGGGGAUUGGUCUAG